AUUGGAGCGGGAAAGGCACUCCCAACCCGCUCGAUGAAUCAAGUUGGCUGGUCGGCCAUUUCUCACUCCCCCCGAUGACCAUGUCUCGGAAGGACAAGUAGACGAAGAGGAGGACGAAUAGUGAGGUGAGCUUAGAGCACUGAUGGCGAGGUCGAAGACGAAGCAGCUCUCGUACAUCGCAGUGCCGUCGCAGUUCAUUCACUCUCUCCACGGCUUCCACCUCUCCCCCAAGAAGGCCGCGCGGUUCCCCGGCCACCGCCUUCCGUCCCUUGCACGAAACCCGAAGUUCCUCCUACUCCUGCUCUUCUUCCUUCUCGCCCUGCUCCGCACCCUCAGGAUCGGGUCCGAGCUCCACCGCCUCCUCCCCUUUCCCUCCGUCCCCUGCUCGCACUCUUCGUCGACCGAAUCGGCGUGGGCUGCCGACAAAGCGGCGGUGGUGUCGGUGGGAGUUGAUGGUGGCGAUGUGGGAGAGGUGGUGGGGGAGUUUUGGAGGCAGCCGGAUGGAAUGGGAUACUCGCCGUGCCUUAACUUCAGCGAGGAGUUCCGGAUGGAGAGCGAGGCUGCUCGAGGAGUCAGGCGGCGGAAGUACUUGCUGGUGGUGGUCUCCGGUGGUCUCAACCAGCAGCGGAACCAGAUCGUCGACGCGGUGGUGAUCGCUCGCAUCCUCGGGGCGGCGCUCGUCGUCCCUGUUCUCCAGGUCAAUGUCAUCUGGGGCGACGAAAGCGAGUUCUCUGAUAUAUUUGAUCUGGAGCAUUUCAAGAGAGUUCUUGCCGACGAUGUUAAGGUGGUGUCGUCGCUGCCGUCGACCCAUAUCAGAACGAGGCCAGUGGACGGGAAGCAGACCCCUCUCAAUGUCCCCCCAAGCUGGAUCCGGAAUCGGUUCCUGAAGAAACUCAACAGAGAAGGGGUUUUGCUUCUCAGAGGAUUGGAUUCCCGGUUGUCCAAAGACCUCCCACGUGACCUACAAAAGCUCCGAUGCAAAGUCGCCUUCCAUGCCCUGAGGUUUGCAGCACCCAUCCAGGAGUUGGGCAACAAGCUCGCCAUGAGGAUGCGGAGCAAGGGGCCUUACCUCGCUCUGCACCUUCGACUGGAGAAAGAUGUGUGGGUGCGAACAGGGUGCCUUCCUGGGCUGAGCUCCGAGUACGACGAGAUCGUCCAAGAAGAGAGGAAGCUCCGCCCGAAGCUCCUCACCGGUAGGUCCAACAUGACCUACCACGAGCGCAAACUCGCCGGAUUCUGCCCACUGAAUGCUCUCGACGUCACCAGGCUGCUGAAAGCACUAGGAGCUCCCCCGGAUGCGAUGAUAUACUGGGCAGGCGGCGAGCCGUUCGGAGGGCCGGAGGCGCUGCUGCCUUUGACGAGAGAGUUCCCGCAUCUGUACAACAAGGAGAAUCUGUCGCUGCCCGGCGAACUCGAACCGUUCGCGAAGAAGGCCUCCCUCCUAGCAGCUAUCGACUACAUCGUUUGCGAACAGAGUGACGUGUUCAUGCCCUCCCAUGGGGGAAACAUGGGGCACCUGAUGCAGGGCCACCGGGCAUUCGCCGGGCACAGAAAGUUCAUCACCCCCAACAAGCGUCAGAUGCUCCCAUAUUUCCUUGACGCCUCUCUUCCCGAGCUCGAAUUCCAUCGGAUCAUCAAGGAACUCCACCGAGGAUCGCUCGGCCAGCCCGAGUGGAGGAGCGACAAGGUCGACAAGGACGUCACUGCUUUCCCAGUUCCCGAGUGCAUGUGCAAUGGAACAAGCAGGAGUUCGGCGCUGUGAGCUUCUUCCUCUGCGAAGGGAGACCGCAAUGUGGAGAGCAAAAGCAUUUUAAUGCAGAGAGUGAUGCCAUUGAUGGAAGUAUCUUCUGCUGCUUCUUUUCUGUAGGCUUAAUUUUAGAGGUCACAGAGUGGAUCAUUUACAUGCUAAGGAUGAGAUUGAUUUGAUUCUUUGUAGUGCUUGUGUACUCUGGUGCGUAGUAUCGAUUUGCUUUGUUCUCUA